AUGGAGGAGGCAAGUGGGCCCCCGGCCCGGGCAGAGGCCCGAGUGGUGAGUGCCAUACUGACAUGGCGGCAGCGGCCCCCUGCCCAGGAAGAGAUCAGACAUCAUUUCCACAAGGUGUCCCUGGUGUCAGGGGCCCCCAGGGAGGAGAUGUUAGAGCGCAGCCACCGUCAGGAUGAAGUCAAUGGCUUUGCUACAUGGCAAGAAGAAACUGGGAAUUGCCAGGGCUCUCGAGAUGGGGCUGGUUCCAAGAACUUCCAGAGCCAUGGGCCUGUCUUUUCCAAGAAGUACACACCACCACCCAAGGAGAAAAGGCCAGUGGGGAGGCUGAAGGAAGCUGUGGACCAGGGUGAUGGGAGCCCCCAACCUCCCAGGACUGAGCCCCCAGGCUUGGGAUCCAUGGCCAAGACUGAGUUCUUAGUGCCCCUGCCUGGACCCCGUGAGCCAAGCCCCCACCCAGGUGCAGGUCUCAGCAGUGGGAGCUCCCGGAGUCGAGAGGAACGGCGGGUGACACGCACUGUGCGGACCACCAUGGUGGUGGGAGGGCAUGUGGACCAGCACGUGAACAGCUCUGUGACAGUGGGGCCAUCGAUCUCAGGUGACGCCCUGCCAAGGGGCCGCAAUGUUGCCCGCACAGUGCGUGCAGUGGUGGUGAGCCCCCGGCCUGAGGGUUCACCCAGUCGCAGCCAAGCCCUGGAAUUGCUAAGCAGCCUCAUGCCUGCUGAGCACAAGCCACCUGCCAGCCGCCUGCCAAGGCCCAUAGCUGCUGGGUCAAGGAGCCAAGGUCUGGGCAGCACAGGAGGGGCAGCUCUGAGGCAGCCACCAGAGACAAAGACAGUAGAGUUAAAGGACAGCUCUGCCCUGGCCCCUGCAGGCAUCCCAGCAGGUGGCCACCUACCUCAGAACCAGGAUGUCCCUAUAGCCCACCCAGCCCAAGACCAGAAUAGAGUCCUGGAUGCCAGGGCCUAUGAGUACCCAAAGGUGCAGGAAGCCUCUAGCCCUCGUCAGCUCCCUCUCCAGACUUCUCAGGACCAAGCCCCAGUCUCCUCCUCUCCCAGACUCCAGAUCCAUGACCCCUGCCUGGGCUCAGCCCACCUGCCAGAGCAGCCUGUGGUGCCCACUCACCCCAGGGCACAACUCACUCCCCACAUCCUGCCCCCUGUGAAGAGGGAAGGGCUCACGCUCAUGGACUCCCCUUCCGCCACUGUCCUGCCCAUGGUGAAGAACAAGGAUAUGAAAGUCCCUGGACAACCUCUUGCUCUAUCCUCUAAGGAGGCUGUUUCUGGCCCAGAAGGUCUUUCUGCCUCAACAUCCCCAAGGAAUAAGUUUUUUCAAGACUCUAAAAAUGUCCCUGUAAUCUCCCCCACCCAGAUAGAGGUAGUGCAGGGCCCUGAUGCUCCUGCCGCUCCAUCUCCCUCAACUAAGGUUGUCCAGGGCCCUGAAAGCAGCCCUGAUAUCCAAAAAGAGGUUGUCCAGGGUAUUGCAGGCAGCCUUGCCCCUUCCCUCACCAAGAAAGAGACUGUCCAAGGCCCAGCUGCUCCUGUUUCCCUGACCCCCAAACAGGGUAAGGUUGCCCAGGGCUCUGAAGGGAGCCCUAGCCUAUCUCCCCCACAAAAAGGGGUUGUUCAGGGCUCUGAAGCUUCUGCUGCUGCCCCAUCUUCCAGCCAGAAAGUGGUUGUCCAGGACCCUGUUGUUCUCCCUGCCCCACCCUCCUCAGUGGAUAAGGUGUCCCCCAGCCCAGGAGGUACCCUGGCCAUAGAAGCAGAGGCCAGCAGGGAGUUUCAGCUCAUCCCUGACUCCACUGAGGGCAAGACGUGUCCAGAGCCAUCAAGGGAGGAGGAUGAAAUGGCCCUGGCUGCUGACCUAGAGAUUUUUCUGGAUACCUUGCGGAGCAUGGAGCCCCCUGAGAUCCUAAGGACUCAUCGGCUGCCCCGAGCCCCCCGCUCCUCCUACCUGGCCAUGUAUGCCACGCUGCCUCCUAUCGAGGAGGACCAGCCUGGGCCGUGGGUGCUGGGACCCAGUCCCCAGGAGGUGCCUGCACUGGAAGAGAAGCAGGAGGAGGAGGAGGAAGAGGAGGAAGAACCAGAAAACCCCUACCUGAGUGACGAUGAGAAACUCCAGCGCAAGCAGGAGAAAGCUGGGUCUGGCCCUUCCUGGGAUCUCCGCCCUGCCAGGUCCACCCAGGCUUCUUGUUCUCCUCUGGAGAUGAUGAAGAAGCACGUAGCAGGUGCUAAGGGCCCCCAACCAGAGCUGGGGCUGGAACUGCAGGCAUGCGGCAAGCCCACUUCCCGUCUUGGAGGCAGCCUUCUCUUCGGCAGUCUGAUGCCUGCCACCAAGGAGGCCCCCACCCUGGAACCACUGGGCACAAAACUAUCUGCUCUGCCACCCCACAGGGCACCAGGGCUCAGGAAGGUGCCAGGACAGUUGCCCCUGCUCUGCAGUGAAAACCCAGAGAGGCCUGCAUGUUCCCAGCCCCAGGAGGGGUGGAGCCCAGCCCUAAAGACCCAGGGCAAGUUGAACACCAGGCCUGGAAAGGUGAUCCUCUUCUUGGAGCCUGGCUGCCAAGGCAACAGCAGGGAGAUCUGGGAAGACAUUGCUGAUGCCUCAGGCUGGGCCCCCAUAGCCUCCAUAAGAGUGGUGCGAGGCUGCUGGGUGCUGUAUGAAAAGCCACAGUUCCAGGGUCAGAAGAUGGUCUUGCCUGAAGGAGAUGUGGACCUCCGAGCUCCAGGGCCAACGUGGACCACCCAUGGCUUUGGCUCCCUAAGAAGAGUUGUCCGGGACUACAGCAUCCCAGAGAUCAGCCUAUUCUCUGAGGAAGGACUGCAGGGCGAGCAAGUGAAGCUAGUAGAGGCCUUGAAGGACCUCCUGAGCCUGGAGAAGCCCCUGAAGGUGGCAUCUGCCACUGUCUCUGCUGGACUGUGGCUGCUGUACCCCAAACCAUUCUUUGAAGGCACCCCAUAUAUCCUGGAGCCUGGAGAGUACCCCACGUCAGAGGCUUGGUGCGCCAGUGUGGGCUCCCUGAAGCCCAUGAGAUUGGGCUGCCCAAGUGUGGAGAAGCCAGGGGAGCCCAAGGCUGUGGUGUAUGAGGCCCCAGGCUUUCAGGGCUGCAGCUGGGAAGUGAGCAGAGACAUCUACAAUAUUCAGCAGCCAGAGGACCCCCAGAGUCCCCACCUGACCUCUGUGGGGUCUUUGAAGGUUCUUGGAGGCUGCUGGGUGGGCUACGAGAAGGAGGGCUUCAGGGGCCAUCAGUAUCUGCUGGAGGAGGGGGAAUACCCUGAUUGGUCACACUGGGGAGGCUAUGAUGAGUUGCUGACCUCCCUGCGGGUUAUCCGGACGGACUUCGGGGACCCGGCCGUGGUACUGUUUGAGGCCAUGGACUUCGAGGGGCACGGUGUGGAAGUGAGCGAGGCGUUGCCAGACGUGGAGCUGGUGCGACACGGACCCUGCACACAGGCGAUCCACGUACUCAGUGGCGUGUGGGUAGCUUAUCAAGAGGUGGGCUUCUCCGGGGAACAGUACGUCCUGGAGAAAGGCGUGUACCGUAACUGCGACGACUGGGGCGCAGGCAACAGCGCCCUCGCCUCGCUGCAGCCGGUCCUGCAGGUCGGGGAGCACGAUCUUCACUUUGUCUCAAAGAUUCAGCUUUUCUCCGGCCCCGACUUCCUGGGUGAGCGUAUCUCCUUCGAGGAUGACCAGGCCUCUCUGCCCGCCUCCUUCCAACCCCAGUCCUGCCGUGUCCACGGCGGCAGCUGGAUCCUGUUUGAUGAGAAGGACUUCAAGGGUGACCAGCACAUUCUGUCUGAGGGCGAGUUCCCCACUCUCACAGCCAUGGGCUGUCUAGCCUCCACAGUCCUGGGCUCUCUCCGGAAAGUACCCCUGUACUUCUCAGAGCCCUCCAUCUUCCUGUUUGGACUCCAGUGCUUUGAGGGGAAGGAGAUCGAGCUCAGCGGGGAGGUGCGGAGCCUGCAAGCGGAGGGCUUCAACAACCACGUGCUGUCUGUGCAGAUCAAGGGAGGCGUAUGGGUGCUGUGUGAGCACAGUGACUUCCGGGGCCGCCAGUGGCUGGUAGGCAGCUGUGAGAUCACAAACUGGCUGACCUACAGCGGCACACAGAGAAUCGGCUCCCUCUACCCCAUCAAGCAGCGCCGGGUUUAUUUCCGCCUCUGGAAUGCAGCACUGGGGGGAUUCCUGGCAGUUCCAGACCACGUGGAAGACAUGAAGGCAGGCCGUGUAGUGGUCUCCAAUCCCCGAGCUGGAGGCAGCUGCAUUUGGUACUAUGAAGAUGGGCUGCUGAAGAACCAGGUGGCCCCUACCAUGAGCCUGCAGGUGAUUGGACCUCCCAGCCCAGGUUCCAAGGUUGUGCUGUGGGCUGAGAGCCGCCUGCCACGCCAGACAUGGAGCAUCAAUGAAUCAGGCCACAUCUGCAGCCAGAUGUUCGAAGGCCAGAUCCUGGAUGUGAAAGGUGGCCGGGGCUAUGACCGGGAUCAUGUGGUGCUAUGGGAGCUGGCCAAGGAGAGGGUGUCCCAAAACUGGACCAUGCACGUGCUUUGAAUACUACCCCAGCCCUGGAGAUGUUUUCCAGGAUGAAUGUUUUUAUAGGGUUUUUGUUGUAACAUAAGAUAUUUUCUAAUAUGUUGCCAGUUGUCCUU